GCAUGGCACACCACCAUCACCACCACGGGCACUCACACAGCUCUUCCGACGAGUCGUCAGUAGCCUACCCGACGCUGAACUUCGGCGCAGGCGCGAAAUGGAUCAAGCAUCUCACCAAGGACCGGCUGGGCACGUUCAACGGCGGGCACUUCUCCGACGUCAACCUCUCAUCGACGCUGUAUGCGCACCGGAUUGACAACCAGGAGCAUGUGAAGCUUGAAGUUUGGAGUGCGCCGGGGCUGUCGAAGCCGAGCUUCGAGGAGGCCAUGAAGCAGAAGUUCAAGCCCACGAAGAAGGGGGAAUCCUUUGGGCCCUCUUGUACGAACCAUUGGUGGAAGGUCUCUAUCACCAUUCCCUCCUAUUUGGAGCAGUACGAGCGCGUGCAGUUCGAGUUCGACCCCGGCUGCGAAGCCAUGAUCCACACUACAGACGGAACCCCUCUCCAGGGCAUCACCGGCGGUUACGGCGGCGACAGGCGCGUCGAACACAUCAUUCCCCACAGUGCCGUGAAGGCAGGCAAGUACGAGAUUGUGAUCGAGUCGAGCUGUAACGGCAUGUUUGGUGUACCGUGGAACGGCGACACCAUUGCGCCUCCUGAUAUGAACAGGUACUUUCAGUUGGCGUCGGCGGAUCUGGUGGUUCCCAACAUGGAGGCCUGGAACCUCAUGUGGGACUUCCAGACGCUCCGCGAGUUGACCGACUCGUUACCUGGAAACACGUCGCUGCAGAACAAGGCGCUGACGACUGCGAACGCCAUCAUGAACGCGUUUGAGAAGGGGGACCCGUCGACCAUCACUGCAGCCCGCAAGCUAGCUGAGGAGGUGUUUGGUGAGGGCUGGGCGAAGAAAGGCGCCAAGAUCUACGACGAGGGCCCCGAGAAGGCGCGCAUUUGGGGGAUCGGGCAUUGCCACAUCGACACCGCCUGGUUGUGGCCGUAUCGUGUAACGCAGCAGAAGGUCGCGCGUUCAUGGUCUACUCAAGUUGACCUUAUGGACCGCUUCCCAGAGCACAGGUUUACUUGCAGCCAAGCACAACAGUACAAGUGGCUCGAGCAGCUGUACCCCCCGCUCUUCGAGCGUGUUAAGGAGAAGAUCAAGGAGGGCAAGUUCCACCCCGUGGGCGGCUCAUGGGUCGAAAACGACUCCAAUAUGCCCUCCGGAGAGGCGCUCGCGCGUCAGUUUAUCCUCGGGCAACGCUACUUUGAGUCGCGUUUCGGCGUGCGCUGCAAGACUGCGUGGCUGCCAGACUCGUUCGGCCUUACUGGCGCGCUGCCGCAGCUCAUCCGGUUGGCGGACAUGGACUACUUCUUCACGCAGAAGCUGUCUUGGAACAACAUAAACGUGUUCCCGCAUUCAACUUUCAACUGGGUCGGUAUUGACGGCACGCAAGUGCUGUGCCACAUGACGCCUGUCGACACGUACACUGCCCAGGCUACUGUAGGCGACAUUAACAAGGGCGUCACCAACCACAAGAACUUGGAAUCUUCGGACAUCUCUCUGCUCGUCUUCGGGAACGGUGAUGGCGGAGGUGGGCCGCUUGAGAAGAUGUUGGAGAAUCUCCGACGUAUUCGGGCGACUGGUAAUCACUCUCGGGAGAUCCCUGCCGUGAACAUGGGGCACUCCGUGGACGAGUUCUUCGAUGUAGUCGCCAAGGACUCGGACGCUGGCACAAAGCUCCCGAACUGGAGCGGCGAGCUGUAUCUGGAAUUCCACCGCGGAACAUAUACCUCCCAUGGCUCCAUCAAGAAGGGAAACAGGAAGUCCGAGAUCCUCCUUCGCGACGUGGAGGUGUUGUCCACGUUCGCUAGUCUGUACAAGUUCCACAAGUCCGACUAUGUUUACCCGAACGAGAGAAUCAACGACUGCUGGGAGAAGGUGUUGUUGAACCAAUUCCAUGAUGUGCUUCCCGGAUCGGCCAUUGGAAUGGUGUACGAUGACGCUGAGAAGCUAUACGCUGAAGUCAGCAAGGAAGGCGACGCCCUCAUCGAGGAGGCCUUCAAAGCGAUCUUCCCUCCAUCUGUGUCUCUUGCCGACCCCGUCAUGAAGUCGAAGAAGACUGGCACGCUCGUGGGCUUCAACACGACUUUCUUCCCUCGCCGUGACAUCGUCGAGGUUCCCCUCACGGGCGCAGCCACUCGGCUGCGCUCACAGGUGGUACAAACAUCCAAGGACGGCACGGUUGGUCUUGCACUCAUGGAUGGCCCUACCGCCGGCGGCCUGUCGUACGGCACUGGGAUGUACGCGGACUGCAAGCCGGUAUCCGUCACGCACCUGGGAGAGGACCACUUCGUGCUGAAGAACGCGAGUGUCCAGCUAACCGUCUCUGAAGGAAGAAUCACUAGCUUAGUGGACGUCGCACUCGAGCGUGAGCUCAUCCCCGAGGGCGAGACCGGUGGCCUCGUUAUUUUCGACGACAGGCCGAACUACUGGGACGCUUGGGAUGUCGAGGUUCAUCACCUUGAGAAGUACAAGAAGCUCAGUUUCGGGAAUAUCUCGGUGGCUGCAGAAGGGCCUCUUCGUGCUGCGCUCAAGGCUCAAGUUAAGUACGGCCAAAGCACGAUCAAUGUCGUAAUUUCGUUGGACGCGAUCCCUGCCUCGUUGAAGAAGAACUCGCGGUCGUUCUUCCGCUUCGACGCCCAGGUUGACUGGCACCAGAGGCACGAGUUCUUGAAGUUUGAACUGCCGCUCGACAUUCACAACGACAACGCCACGUAUGAGACUCAGUUCGGUCACGUCCAGAGGCCGACGCACAAGAACACGACUUGGGACAUCGCGAAGUUCGAGGUCUGCGGCCACAAGUAUGCCGACUUGAGCGAGUUCGGCUAUGGUGUCGCUAUUCUCUCCGAGUCCAAGUACGGAUUCUCGUGCCGCGGCAACGUCUUGCGCAUCUCCCUUCUGCGCGCUGCGACCGCGCCAGACGCUGAGCAGGACCAAGGCAAGCACGAGUUUUCCUGGGCCGUUAUGCCCCACCAGGGCCACUUCUUGGAGUCGGACGUCCCAAUUGCAGCUAUUUUGUUUAACUCUCCGCUUCACGUUCGUCUGCUUGAGGACACUACCGAAGCGCCUCUCCUGAAGACGAAGCCCGGAUUCAGCAUCGAGGGCGCCCCGAACGUGGUCCUCGAAACCGUCAAGCGCGGGCUGGACGACGACUUCAGCAAGCACGAUGCGUCCUCGCCUACCGUCGUGCUCCGCCUCUACGAGGCCUAUGGCGGUCACGCGCAGGCCACGUUCAAGAUAGCGAGCCACAUCCCCAUUGCGAAGGCGGUGUUAACGAACCUGCUCGAAGACGAGGGUGAGGAGCUCAACCUGCUCCAAACCGAGGACGCGUCCCUCGCGGUGAAGCUCAAGUUCCACGGCUUCGAGGUCAAGACCGUCAAGCUCACCUUGGGCAAGCCGGGUGCUCUCCCGAAGAGGGACAGCUGGGUCACCAUCGACAAGCCGCGCGCCUGAACGGAUGUUAGCGGUAUGCUCGAUCUCGCGACGUCGCCUUGAUGUACCAGUAGCUGCUGUUGUUGUAAAAUGGUGUUUUCUUGGACGGAUGGACAAUGAUCAUUGUGCUUUUGCAUGUACUCC